GGCGUGGCAUUCAUCGAUGUAUCGACUGACAAAUUAAAAACAUCGACGCGACAAAGAAACUCUGCUCUCCAAAAGUUCACGGAAAAUUAUAUUUUAUUUUAAAAACGAGCGGAAGACGACAGACUCUCUGGGCAUUAUUAAAAAUGGAUAAUUCAAAGCUUCUAGAUGAAAUAUAUUCAUUGAAAAUCUUGGGUCAACAUUAUGAAAAUGUCUUGAAGCUGGCGGGUAUUGAAUUAUGCGAUUUUUUGAACGAUGAUCUUUUAAAGAAGACUGCACAAUUAUAUGCAGACUUGCACGUUCAUGCGUUAGAUUUAAACUAUUUGCGUGACCUCUACUAUGGACUACAGAAAGGUCGCAUAGAAAGCAAACUGAUUAUCGCGCAGCAACAAACACAUGUGCAGCGCAUUAAGACUUCAAUCGACGAAGCAGCUGAGGAGGUAGCUGUAUUGGAACGAUUCAACUCCACAGCGGAAAAACAAUUGAUCCCUGAUGGAGCCGUUCAGCAGCAGCGCAACAAUAUACUGGAUACCAAACGGGCUUUGUGGAAGAGACAGAAAGCUCUAGAAAUGCCGACAGACUUCAAUAUCGAGAGUAUUAUACAAAAAGUUAAUUCGCUGGAACGUAACUGUCAAAUGUUAACAUUUUCUUUAUAAAAAAUGAUUUAGAUGUAUUUACUCAGUAAUGCAAAAACACUUUACAAUAACAUAAAAUCAUCAAUU